CUCUUCAUUUGCCAUCAAAUAUUCUCCUCCUACUUCUAAGGCACCAUCCAAACUCAAAUUAAAUUUACAUUUUAAAGAAAAAUUAAAUUAACAAAAUUUAAAAUUCAAAACUUAUGAAAUAAAAAAAUUAAAAUUCAAAACCUAAUAAUAAUCAUAAUAAGCUCAAACAUUUUGUACUGCAAAAAAAAAAAAAGCUCAAACAAAUUAAAGUACUUCCAUAAAUAAAUUAUUUCUUUCUCUCUUGUUACUUUUCUUCUAUGUGUAAGCUCAUACUCUAUCUUCUGUCUCUAUGUGUGGAUCUACACUUGACUCUCUCUUUCUUUAUUCAAUGAUUAAAAAUUAAAAAAAAAAUAAAGAAAAAGAAAAACACCGGCAAUUUCAAGGUCAUUCCUCGUAUCAAUUUUCUUCUAGGUUUCUCUUUUUUUUUUUUUUUCUCCUUUUUCAGCAUUGUGAUUCCAAAUCUUCUUAAUUAUCCUAUGGCUCUCGGAUUAAAAAUGAGUCCUUUUUCUUAAUGGUUUAUUGGUUAUUCUUACCUUAAAAUCUCAUAGUAGCUAAGUGAUGAGUGAAUGUUAAUUUGUGCUGGUUAUAGAUAUUGCGGUUCUUUUGUUGAUGAGUGAAUGUCAAUUUUUUGGAGUUCAAUUCAGGCACAUUGAGAGCCAUGAGUAGCAUGACGAACAUGGGUGAUGGUCGAAAAGUACCCAAAAGUCGUCGGUCACCAUCAUCAGUUGAGGAGCCUACGACGGAAGGAGAAGGUCAUUUCAAGAAAGGCCCUUGGACAUCAAUAGAGGAUGCAAUUUUAGUAGACUACGUUACGAAGCAUGGAGAGGGGAAUUGGAACGCUGUUCAAAGGAAUUCGGGACUUGCUCGAUGCGGUAAAAGCUGUCGAUUACGAUGGGCAAAUCAUUUGAGACCAGAUUUGAAAAAGGGAGCAUUCACCGAAGAAGAAGAGCGCCGGAUCAUUGAGCUUCAUGCUAAGAUGGGAAACAAAUGGGCACGGAUGGCUGCAGAGCUGCCUGGGCGUACGGACAAUGAGAUAAAGAACUAUUGGAACACAAGAAUUAAAAGAAUGCAGCGGUCUGGUUUACCAAUCUACCCUCCUGACAUAUGCUUGCGGGUGAUGCAUGGAAAUCAAGAAAGUCAAAAUGUUGGCAGGUUGACAGACGGAGUCAACCAGCAUGACGAUCUUUCACAAACAGACACGUUGAAUAUACCGGAGUUAGAUUUCAAACAUGUUAAGAUCCCCGAGGAUCCAUCAAUUUUUGACAUGCCUGAAAACAGCAUGUUUGAACAGAGUUCAGAUUCAUCCUAUGGUUACAACAUGUUUCCUAUCAUGCAUCCUGCGAAGCGCCUUCGGGAAUCAGCAGAAAUAAUGCAGUAUGCACCGGUAUAUGAAGAAGAUUACAUGUCUGAUGAAAUUACCAACCAGUUUCAUGGCGAUCCCUUAAAUGGCAAUACUUGUUGUUCUUCUUCAUCUUCUAUGCCUCUAUCCGGAGGCAUGAAGUUGGAGCUCCCUUCACUCCAAUACUUAGAGACUCAACAAGGCAUUUGGGACACACCUGCUUCCCCACUUCCUUCACUUGAGUCUGUUGAUACCUUGAGCAGCGGUUUGUUGGAACCAAUAAUGUAUCAGUCAACAAAGCAUUUUCAAGUGCAAGAAACACCAGAUGAAGCAGUCAAGUGUAAGCCGGAAUGGGAUGAAUCAGGGGAGCCGUAUUCCCCCUUGGCUCAAUCUUCUGCUUCCGUUCUAACCAUGUGCUCACCGGACGGACCUCAAUGGGUUGAAACUAUUCAGGAUCAUAAUAUAAAGCACGAACUAGGCACAGAGUUCCCAACUUACUGUUCUGGGAAGGAUGAAAAAAACAUGAAUCAAAUACACGUGACAAGGCCCGAUGCUUUACUUGACUUGGCUUGGUUUGAGAAUAGCGUCGUCAAUUGCGACGGCGAUAAGUCUUUUAGAAAAGAUGCCUUCAACACAUUUUUUGGUUAGCACUAGCAUAUAUAUAUAUAUAUAUAUAGAUAAAUCGUAAAAGAUUGCUUUGUUAAUAGUUUGAAGACUAUGUUAAUUCUCUUUAUUCAGUGGCACCCUAGCAAUCAUUUAUUUGAGGAUAAAGAGUUUUUAAGGAAUGUUAGAUAUUUUUGUUUCUUUCAAUAU